AUGGGAGCAGCUACUGGAGGGCUGGGAGUAGCAUCAAAUUAUAUAGCAGAGGUAAUGGCUUUGGUAAUAGCAGGGGAGUGGGCAGUGAAAAAAGGUUUCACAGAGGUAUGUUUCAGCCUCGACUCCUUAGCAGCCUUAAAAGCUUUUAGCAAUGGCAGCAUUCCUUGGAUUGUUAAGAACAGGUGGAGCAAUAUCAAGACAAAUAUAUGCAAUAUCACAUCCAGGCAUUCAUACAGAGAAAUCAACUUCCCUGCAGAUAAAAUGGCCAAAAAUGGAGUUCAGCUUGCAAGGGGAACCAUUCUUUAUUAUGAUGAGAAACCAAACUUUCUGGGAGAGUUAGAAAAUGAGGAUGGUUUAUACUUCAGAUUCAUGUUUUCACAGCAAGUCUUUGGGCUUUGUCCUUUCUGGGCCUGUUUUACUUUCCCUACUGGGCCUGUCUAG